AUGUUCCCUCAGGUGUGAGUCAUGUGUCCCUCUCUUUUGGUGAUCAGAGCCUACCCGUUUUGAAACUCCGAAUGGUUCCGCAACGAUGGUCUCGUGGGGGUGUUAAGUGAAGCUUUGACACUGCAUUCACAAUUCUCGUAGCCUGGUAGCAACAUGGCUAAUACGGAUGCUUCAGCGGCAGGAAUGCCAUUCGUCAUCUCCACCAGCAUGAACAAAGCAGAUCCUGAAAUGCGUAAGCUGAUCAGGAGCCAUUGCAUGCUGGGGAAAAAUCGCGGAAGAAUCUUGCAUAGUAGGCGAAAGCCCAAGACGGUUGUUCCAGUCUCAGAGCCAGUCCAAAAACUGCCAGACCUGGAGGCUGCUUCCGCAGUCCCCAGUAAGCUUGGUUCAGAAUUAUCUUUAUUACGGUUUGCCGAUUCAAUAGAGCCCUCUACGCUAUGGGAAGUCUUGAAAUUCACUUCCACUUCGAAACAGAUUAACUUUCCCUUGGAGAGAUGCUUUGAUUUCAACGUCAAAGACCGAUCGAUGUUCGAUCCGUUAACAUUCGAUCCGGCCUAUCUUAAUGCCGUAAUAUUUGGAGUUCAAUCAUACUUGGAUUUGGUUUCGGGUCACUCCAGUAAACGGUCGUCAGCGCAGAUGUUGAAGACAAUUCAGCUCCUUCGCAACAGACUUUCGAUUUCGGAUGGAAACGAACAGACAUCCGUUUCUAAUCCCACAAUACUGAUCGUUUUAACUCUGGCACACGUUGCACAUUUAAGUGGCGAUCAUAUUGCCGCCGAGAAACACUUGGAAGGUCUUUGCAAAAUCAUCAACCUGCGAGGAGGCAUUGCUGCUUUCGAAAAUACUCCAAAACUUCUCACUGAGUUAUUAAGAUGUGACAUCAGCAUUGCGAUUCACAAAGGAACAAAACCGGUCUUUGACUUCAACCAGCUUUUACAAUCUAUCAUAUAUCUACCCCAGACUAAGUCAUCUUCUCCACACACUCCUUGUCUGGAUUAUAAAUCCCCCUAUGACAAGUAUCAAGCCAAAAAUGUUAUAACAGACGAGAAAUUAGCCGAAAUAUGGGACAUUCUGAGCAACUUCUGUUGUCUAGUAAACUCAGUGGCUGACAAGAACAUCAAGCUCAGCGACCAAAUCCUCUUAAAUACCAUGGGCUCAGUGAUGUACGCACUUCUAAGGAUGAGAUUUUCAACCAACCCGAUCAACGAAGCGAUUCGUCUUGGUUUGCUUGCAUUAUGUUCACAUUCUUUCUUAAAGCGACGGGGAGUUCACCUUCCGAAUGGCUACCUCUGUGAGAACUAUAGGACUUGCUUUGAGGACGUCAACACUCAGCCGCGAGUCGCUUCUCGGAUUUCGCUGUGGUUUCUCAUGAUGGGUAAAAUUUCCAUUUUUACCUCUGAUACAGAUGACUCUGCGUGGAUAAAAUCCAGGCUAAGAGAGAAUAUUGGCUUGAAUAAGGAUUCCUCGUGGCCACAGCUGCGACUAAUUCUCAAGUCCUUUCUUUGGAUCGACAUACUACAUGACGCACCUGGGAAAAUGAUUUUCGAAUCUAUUUCCAUAAAUCGAUGAAGUUUCGCCAAAACCAACACCAACUGUGAAACUACACAAAGCAGACACACCUGUCCGCCACCAAAUGCUCAGACCUAGAUGACGAUUCAGAGGGGACAAGAAAUCACAAAAACCAUGACCGUACAGCUCGAACCAUCAACAAACCCAUCUCUCACCGUGGGCACUUGACUACAUUAACGCAAGUACCGAUACUAGCUCAGGGAUCUACCGAAGCUAUCACGCUACAAACAGCCGAGAUUCCAUCCGUCGACGAAGAGUGUAUGACGCCGGCGACACAACAAGAGCCUGUAUAGCCACAGCUGGAUCCAUCGUUCAAUCCGCGACUUACACAAGAGAACUUCUCCACCGGAGAGCUCUCUGACGCCUACGUCCCUUAAGUUGACUGCGAGUUUAAGGAGCGGGAGAGCGCGUCAGAAGCGCGACCGACCAUACAAUUGGCCCCUUAAUAUUAAUUCCCUCUAGAA